UUGUUUUCAGAUGUAAAAGAAUUCUAUAUGUUUUAUUUUUAGUUAAACAAUACUGCAGGCGUUCUUAACAUGUCAAAAGUUAAGAUUAAAGUUAUUAGCCGAAACCCUGAAGAUUACCUUCGAGCUACUAAAAGAGAUAUCCACAAAUUACCAAGAAACUAUGAUCCUGCAUUACAUCCGCUAGAAGCACCACGUGAAUACGUUCGAGCUUUGAACGCAGUAAAGCUAGAAAGAGUAUUUGCCAAACCCUUUAUAGGGAGUCUUGACGGUCAUAGAGAUGGAGUAUCUUGCAUGGCCAAACAUCCCAGUAGGCUCGCGGUAUUGGCCAGCGGCGCGUUUGACGGAGAAAUACGUGUUUGGGACUUGGCUACUAGAAAAUGUACAAGAAACUUUAUUGCUCAUGAAGGUUGGGUUAGAAGUAUUUGCUACACUCCAAAGGGUAAAACUUUUACAAGUGUUGGUGACGAUAAAACUAUAAAGACAUGGAAAACUGAAGUCGUGGAUGAGGAUGAUGAAGAUCCCAUUAACACGCUUUUGAGUGCUUCAGUAGUUUCGGGAAUAACUCAUCACAGACAUAAGCCCAUAUUUGCAACAUGCGGAGAGCAUUGUCAACUAUGGGAGAAUACCAGAAAUGAGCCUAUUAAAAUCUUUAAAUGGGGAGUUGAUAGUCUUCAUCAUGUUGCGUUCAACCAGGUAGAAACAAACAUUUUAGCAUCAUGUGCUAGUGACAGGAGUGUGAUCUUGUAUGACUGCCGUGAAACAGGGCCCCUGAGGAGGGUGGUGAUGGAGCUGCGGCCUAAUGCACUCUCCUGGAACCCCAUGGAAGCCUUCAUAUUCACUGUCGCCAAUGAAGAUUAUAAUUUGUACACAUUUGACAUCAGAAAACUAAAACAACCCAUAAACGUCCAUAUGGAUCACACCUCAGCAGUAGUUGAUGUAGACUAUUCGCCAACAGGCAGGGAAUUUGUUGCGGGUAGUUACGACAAAACUGUGAGGAUAUUUGAAAGUCUGAAGGGUCACUCCAGAGACGUAUAUCACACUAAGAGAAUGCAGAGACUGACUUGUGUAAAGUGGUCCCUGGAUGACAAAUAUGUGCUCACUGGAUCAGAUGAAAUGAAUAUUAGGAUGUGGAAAGCUAGAGCUUCGGAAAAGCUUGGUGUUUUGAAACCCCGCGAACGUACCGCCCUGAACUACUCGGAAGCUCUGAAAGAGAAAUUCGCGAACCACCCUCAAAUCCGGCGCAUAGCGCGCCACAGGCACGUUCCGAAGCACAUCCUCAACGCGCAGAAGGAGCUCAAGACUAUAAGGGAGAAGGGCAAGAGGAAGGAGGCCAACCGCCGCGCACACAGCAAGCCAGGGACGGUGCCGCACGUGCCAGAACGCAAGAAACACAUUGUUAAGGAGGCUGAAUAAAAUACUGUAUGACGUCUAGA